UCGGCCGAAUCCGUCGAAUACGGAGCAGUACGGAACGCAAAGGUCAUUCUACACCUGUCUACAUCGAUAAAAUGUCGAUAUUUCCGAGUCUUAUGGUCGAGCAUUAAUCUUUUACAAUUUACGUAGACGUGUCUGAUCACUUGGAUCGCGUGCCAGUCGCAGUUAAGAGCGGUACGUCACAUUUUAGGGAUCUCGAGUCACCUCAAGCAACCUCAAGAUAUCUUUGAUUGGAGGGGGAAUUGACGUGCGUGCGUGCGUACGUAUAUGCGUGCGAAUCUCUUUUACCUGCAUAGUGCUGUUUCAUACGUGCUUGUGUAUAUAUCAUCAUCUUACCCUCGUCGCGUCGCGUCAUUUGGCGGCGGACGUGCGGUGGGGAAAGGAAGAUUGUAGGUUAUGAAAAAAUCGUGCAAACACUGUACAAGCGUGAGUAACAUAUCGACGGUGUGUCUGCCGAAGACGAAUCGUAAUCGCGCGACGAGUCUCGGGGACGACAGUCUUUUGAACCUCGAUAUGAAGGAGCAGGAUAUACCCGAGUAUCUAGAGGGCUGCGGAUUAUCGGCUUGUACGGCUAGCAACGAGAUAUCCGAGGACGUGGAACUUCAACUGAUGCAUGACAAAAAGUUCUCCACCAUGUCAUCCUUUGGAAGUAGCAGCAGUAGCAGUCUGGUCGACUCCAAGAAGAUCGUUAUGAUCAAACAUCCAGACUCGAACAAGCUGAAACCCGCUGGUAAGAAGACCAAGCCGAUCCAGGCGGAGUUGGACGUGGGCAAGGAGUUCAUCCGAUGUAGGGAAGACUGCGUGAGGCGGUUGGACCUGAGCAAGGCCUGUAUCACGACUUUACCUAGUUCCGUAAAGGAACUGAAGCACCUACGAGAGUUCUAUCUCUAUGGCAACAAGCUGACGACUCUGCCACCCGAGAUUGGCUACCUGUCGAAUCUGGAGACGCUCGCGUUGAGCGAAAACUCGCUCACCAAUUUGCCCAACACUCUGGAGAAUCUCAAGUCGCUGCGGGUGCUAGAUCUCAGACACAACAAGCUCAUCGUGAUUCCAGAUGUAGUGUACAAACUCACGUCGCUCACCACGUUGUUCCUGCGCUUCAACCGUGUCAAAUAUGUCAAAAACAACAUAUGUAACCUGACGAAUCUUACCAUGCUGAGCUUUCGGGAGAACAAGAUCAAGGAACUGCCUGCAGGGAUAGGCGAGUUGGUCAAUCUUCUCACCUUUGAUGUCUCGCAUAAUCAUUUGGAGCAUUUACCUCCGGAAAUUGGCAAGUGCGUGCAAUUGUCUACCCUGGAUGUGCAACACAACGAACUGCUCGACUUGCCGGAUACAAUCGGCAAUCUGGUGUCGUUAACGAGACUAGGAAUCCGAUACAAUAAACUGACAAGUAUUCCUAAAUCAUUGGCGAACUGCAAGUUGAUGGAUGAAUUCAGUGUAGAGGGCAAUCAAAUAUCGCAUCUACCAGACGGACUGUUGGCUAGUCUGUCAUAUCUUACGACAAUCACUCUGUCUAGAAAUUUGUUUACUUCGUAUCCUGCAGGUGGUCCAGGCCAAUUCGUCAAUGCUUAUUCCAUCAAUGUAGAGCACAAUGAGAUCGACAAGAUACCCUAUGGCAUCUUCUCACGAUCCAAGAACCUUACAAAAUUGAACAUGAAGGAAAAUAAGCUGAACACUUUGCCGCUGGAUAUCGGUUCGUGGGUGGCAAUGGUCGAGCUGAAUCUUGGAACGAAUCAGCUGACAAAGCUCCCAGAUGACAUACAGUGCCUGCAAAGCCUGGAGAUAUUGAUUCUCUCUAACAAUGGACUGAAACAUAUUCCGACCACUAUAGUGAAUCUCCAAAAGCUGCGGGUGCUGGACCUGGAGGAGAAUUACAUUGACGUGUUGCCGAACGAGAUUGGGUUGAUGACCGAAUUACAAAAGCUGAUCUUGCAAUCGAAUAAGCUUACAGAGUUGCCACGCACAAUCGGUCAUCUGAGGAAUCUCACGUAUCUCAGCGUAGGCGAGAAUCAACUAACUUAUUUGCCAGAAGAGGUUGGCACCUUAGAGAGCUUAGAGUCACUCUACCUCAACGACAACAAGUCCUUGCACAAUCUGCCAUUUGAACUGGCAUUGUGCAAGAAUCUCGGUAUUAUGUCAAUUGAAAAUUGUCCGCUGUCGCAUAUACCAAUGGAAAUUGUAGCCGGUGGACCAUCACUGGUGAUUCAAUUUCUUAAGAUGCAAGGUCCUUAUCGACCAACAUCAAGAGCAAGAAAAAGAAGCAAAGCAUCAUCACAACAGCAAGAAAAUGAGGAAAGAGGAUUCCAGCAUUCAAGUGAUUGGAGUAGCAGUUGUAGCACCUCCAGCAGCGAUAGUAGCAUAAGUUCUAGUAGCAGUAGUAGUAGUAGUAGUAGCAGUAGUUCCUCGGAUAGCGAAUCGGAUUCUAGCGAUAGUGUGUCUAGUAGCAGUAAUAGCAGUACUACUAGUAGCAACAGCAGUCAUGGUUCCUACAAAAAGAAAUAACACAGAUGCUAUUGCGUGAAGUCGAGAAGAAAUUUUUUUUCGACUAUCUCUGGCUUUUGACAAAAUAUCAUUGUCCUAUCUGAGUACAAUGCCAUUUUGUCUUUAAGCAAAAUAACUCGAUAGAUGAAAGAGCAAGUUGGCGACAAAAUUCUUUAUGCCUUUUGUACAGUAACAAAUAUUUUUAUUUUAACAUCGAAGAU